AUGUUGGGCAGUCAUUCAAAAUUAAGCAUCGCACGGAUUGUGUUCUAUAUACCAGUAACUGUUAUUGCACUUUAUCUGGCGUGCUAUCGGCACAAGCGACCUCGCAUGGCGUGGAUUAUCCUAACCUUCUUCUCCAUCAUUCGUAUCACUGCAGGCAUCUUGGUCAUUAUCGGACAAGAGUCUUCCAGCACUGGUGUGAUGGUAGCUUCAGUCAUCUUUCUCAAUGCUGGCGUGUUUCCCUUGAUCGCAGCAACUUUGGGCUUAAUUCGAAUCAUAACGGCUCUCGAAAGAGAGAUGAACCAACAAAUUCGGCAAUGUUUAGUCGUAUCCCGAAUCCUUUUCAUUGUCGGCAUCGGACUUACCGUCGCAGGCGGAGCUCUGGAAGGGAGCGACACCACCAGUGAUGUGCUCAUUGGUGUUAAACUUGUCAAGUCCGGAUACAUCAUUGUGGUUGUCUUUGUCGGAUGUUUACUGGCCAUGCAAGUGUAUUUCUGGACACAUCGGUCGUCUCUAUCAGCCACAAGUAGAACGGUUCUCAACGCGACGGCUUUGGCUACACCGUUCAUAGUCGUCCGUAUCGUAUACCUCUUUCUGUCCGUGUUCGAGCCAUCCGACUUGAGGUGGAAUGAUCUGAGUGGUCCAAUUGCUCCAUUCUUGACUAUGGGGCUGUUGAUGGAAUAUGCUGUUGUUUCGAUCUAUCUCAUUACGGGCUUUAUUAUUCCCAGUUGGAGGAAUAUCGAAAAGCCGGAGAUCCUCUUGAGUGAAGCAACAAGAUGA